UAUUGGCUUUGCGAGUACCCAAAACUCGUAGAAGUAAAAAAUCCGAAUGCAAUUCCAAGAGUAGUCAAAUGGAAAAUUUCAGACCUUCGGAAAUGCCUCAAGGAUUUUGAACAAUUGAGUCAACUUCCCGGUGAAAAAGUAAAUCAUACCGAGGUACAAGAAAUGGCUGAAGAAAAAAAGAUCUUUGAUGAAAUUUCUGGAGAUCAUGGGGAUGAACAAGGGCAAGUUUCUGAAGAUCAUUGGGGUGAACAAGGAGAAGCAAAGGUAACAGAGGUUGAACCAAUGAUUGGGGUUGUGCAUGGUGGAAAGCAAGUUGGAGUUUGUGGGGAGGAAGAAGGAGAAAAGGGUGGAGUCCAAGUUUCAGAAGAUAACGGGGGUGAAAAGGAUGAUGAAGUAGAAACAGUACAGGGACUAGAUGACUUCAACAGUCCAAUCUGCAGAUCAUUUGAAACGGAUUUAGGAUCAACAUUGGUGCCUAAUACUUUGGGUCAAAUGUAUUAA